AUGAAAACCCUCAUCUUCUUGUGCACAGUUUUGGCUUUCGUUUACUCGCAACAAGAUGGGUUGAGAUUGAAAAUGAGAUUCCCAAGCGCUAAAGUGAUCUCGAAAGCGACAAAGAUGUCGAAUUGGCGAACGGGGAAAGGAGCCGGCAAGAUCACUCCAGUCUUCAAUCCACAAGUCAUCUUCAACAUGGGAACACCUCAACAAACGUUCCUUGGCUGUGGAAUGGAUGUCUCAUCGGGUGACACAUGGAUCGUUGACAUCAACGCUGCACAACCCGACCCGGCUCCAUGGCUUUUUGAUCCAUCGAAAUCGCACUCUUUCAAGAACACAAGCUACUACUAUGCGACUGAUGUCUUAGACGUGGACGGUUUGGCGGCAAGAUUGGUUGGAACGAUUGCACAAGAUGUAUUCCACGUGCAAAACAAGAAAUUCACAAUGAACUUUGCAAUGAUCGAGUCGGUGACCCCAUGGGGAGAUUUCGCCGAGAUUCCCGAUGUGUUCGCGACAGGACGAUGUGGAUUUGAUUUCUAUUCAACCGAUUAUAUGGAUCAAUUCUUUCCAAAAUUGCUUGCCGCAGCCAAUUCUUCCCAACAAUCGGUAACAAUGGUGAUUCAUGAUUGCAUGUUGGACCAAGAUGCCGAAGAAGUGCUUCAAGAGAUGACAAUCGGAUUCAUCGAUACCACUUAUUGCAACACGUCGACUACUGUAAAUCUGCCGCUUGUCGAUAAGAAUAACUGGAAUUUCGCGAUUACUGGAUAUCAAAUCGGAAAUAUUUCCUCGACUGCUCGAACAAUCGCCAAAAUGGACACAAACGAUUUAUUGACCGGAGUGCCACAAAAUGUUUAUGAUUACAUUUAUAAACUGACGAACGCCACACAGACACCCGACAAUGCCUGGCCAAUGGUGUCCUGUGAUCAGCCUUUCCCGCGUCUCAACUUCACUGUGCCCGGCGACUCGUUUUCUGUUCAAUCGCACUACUAUGUCUUCAAGGAUUUCACAGAUCUCGAUAAUCCCUGUUAUUUGAUGUUGUACCCGUUGAAUGGCGGCGGUUUCUUGCCCUCGUGGAGCUUCGGUUUUGUUUGGAUGUACAAGAAAUGUGUGACUUUCGAUCGCGGAAAUAUGGCCAUUCAAUUCACCGAUUAUAACUCGGAUUUCUGUCAGGAUAUC